AAUAGAGGGAACAAAAGUAAAUGAAUGUACCAAAGAUCAAAAGAUUCGGUGACAUCCAUCCACAGGAUUUACCUCUACUCUAUGUCCAGAGAUCAUUAUUGGGGCCUUUUAUGUAUGGGUUAAAUCUUCAUCAAGCUAUAGAAUUGAGUAAGACGUCCAAGAAAGGCAUUGAAGAUAAGACAAAUCAUGGUUGGAAAAUCUUUGCAAUCCACGAUUAUUUUUUUGUGGGUUAAACAAGUCUACUUUACAGUCAGCUUCGUGUGUAGCUUUCCUAUCAACCAAGCAAUGAAGUUAAAAAUUAAAGGAAAAAGGAGUUCAGACCUAUCUAAGAAUAAAGCUACUCGUCUAGACUCAUAACUUUGUUCAACUUCAGCCCAACCCAUCUGAACCACUGGACGAGAGAGAGCAGAGCACCGUCUCAACCGUUGUUCGACAGACAACAUUUAACCUCAAGUUUUCACUUCCUUAUAAACACAUUUCUCUUUCAAUUCUCUCGGACACGAACUCCUUUCUGCGGAAAUUCCUUCAAAUGAAACUCAAUCUCUUCUUAAACCCGAACCCCACAUCAAACUCUUUACUCCCUUUCUUUUCUUUCCCUUCAAAGACAAAAACCCAAAUUCCCUUGUUAAAAUCACCCACUUCUCUUUCCUUCUUUUCAAAACCAUCUCCUUGUUUCAUCCCACUUUGCUCUUCCAAUCCUUCUACCAAUUCAACUUCAAAGGAAUCAAGCUUGGUGUCCAAUGGAUGGCCCCAAACUUCAAAAUUCAAUAUUGGAGAAGAAUCUAAAGAGAAUUACAAUGUGGGAGUUGGGAACCCAAUUGUCCCAAGUUUUUUUCCAACUCAAAAGAUGAGCUUGAGUGAUCAGGCCUUUUUUCUGUGGGCCUUUAUUGCUUGUACGACUUCUUUGGCAUUUACAAGUCUGGUCAUUGCAGCUGUUCCAACACUCUAUGCAAUGGGAAGAGCUGCAGUUUCUCUUUCAAAGCUAGCAGAUACAGCUCGAGAGGAACUUCCCAGUACUAUGGCUGCAAUUAGGCUUUCAGGCAUGGAGCUCAGUGAUCUUACACUGGAACUAAGUGAUUUAAGCCAAGAGAUUGCUGAUGGUGUCAACAAAUCAGCUCAAGCUGUGCAGGCUGCUGAAGCCGGAAUUCGGCAGAUUGGUUCACUAGCUCACCAGCAGACCAUGUCAAUGAUUCAAGAACGGGCUAGCUUGCCUAUCAUCUCCAUACAGCCUGUUGUUGCUGGGGCUGCUAGAAAAACUUCUCGUGCUGUUGGCCAAGCCACAAAGACUAUCAUGAAUAUAAUCUAUCGAGGAGAAUUCAGCUCAGAGCAUGACGAAGAUAGUGGUAUUCAUCGAGUGGAAAACUAAGGUGUUCACUGCUUCUGGAUACUACUGGAUGGCUGAUGUCUGUGUACAUAACAUAAAGAAUCAAGGCAUCAGAUAGUUGCUUUCUCCUCCAACAGUUUAUAUGCCCAAAAAUUGUCAAAUCUAAUUGCCUUCAAUAUGUUACAUAUAAAUUAUGAAAUACAGUGUUUUUGUCUGGGCUUUACCCCUUUUCCCCUCACUUUUAUUAUUUAGUGUAAUCCAUGAUUUUGUGGCUUUCUUUGAAAGCAGGAAUGGUUUUAGUGAUGCAAAUCUGCAUUAUGAUUUUUUAUGACUAGACACUCUGAUUCAGUAAA